AUGCGUCUACCCAGACCCUGGACUUUGUUCCAGGCGUUGUGCCUUGUGGCGCCUCUCGCUGUCCAGGCAGCACCGAACCCCGACCCAUCUCCCGCCCCCGAUCCACUGCUGGUCCCUCAGCCAGUUCCUGAACCCGAGGCAAAAGAUAUGGUCGUUCCAGCUGUUCCUGCACUCAUGGGAUGGAUUGGUUCUAUAGGCGGUCUCUUAGGGAUUAUAUCUUUUACGGAAACCUACAUCACCAAGAUUAUUAACGCCAUCAAUAAAGAGGUCAAGAAAGCCGAGGAGAAGAAGGAGAAAGCACCGUGGGCAGUCGCAGUCGCGGUUGGGCUUGACGGCUCAGGCUUAAAGGGAGCCCAAGGCGACUUCCCCCAGGUCUGCUUAUGGAACGCACAUGGCCAACUGUUAGGCUUUAACAAGCAGAAUCUCAAGUUGUAUACCAAACACAAAGGCAAAGGGGAGUUUGAGGCUUCACAAGAACGGCCAGAAGGAAUGCCUGAGAUCCUGAACGGCGGAUUUCAGACUGUAGCAAUUCCUUCAGCACCAGGCCAAGAGGGUCUGAGGGGCAACCAGGCAGCAUAUGUUACCAUGAUCAAGCGGAGUUUUGACGCCAUCUGUGUGGCAUCUGUUCACGUCCAGUGGCCGGACGGGACUAAUUGGGCCUUUGACGGAACCUGGGGCCGUGCAGCGAACAUCAUACCAGAAGACGGCAUCCCAGAAGGAGACCGCCUCAAUGAAGGGAUGCGGAAGAAUGAGGUGGAUCAGUACCGUGUCCCACUUGGAGUCAAAUUCCACCUUCCGUCAUAUAAAGUUCCGAAUUACGGAGACAGGCUCGACGACUUUAGCUUGGACGACUUUGUCUUAAACCCGGCAAGGCAACUUUGGUUCUACAACUCUUUGCGAAAACGAGUACGCCGCGGCAAUCCGGUUCUCCCCCUCAUGCAUCCUCAUGAAGACGUCGCCCAACAUAACCCUCGGCUUAUCUGGGAGGAUGAGUUCGAACAGGACAUACCCGUGGAUUGCUUAACAGACUGGUAUUACGACGAAUGGGACAAGUUCAUUAAUCCGGCCGACGGGGACAGGUGCAAAUGGGCACCAUCACUUCCAGAAAUUCUGAAUGACCGAAUAUAUCUACCAUGUCAUCCCUGGAAGAGAAAUGCCGAAGACGACCCCGAGGCAGCCUUUGCCACACCACCACUGCAAGAGCGGCACGCGCGCACCCUGGUCAACGACAAGAACCACCGCGGCGGCAGCGGCGCCAGGGAGCUCUGCGAGAGCCCCCACUCGGUCGGGCCCAGCUACGCAAACCACCUCGAGCGCGUCUUCUGCCACAUGGAGGACAGGACGCUGUGGCCCUUCUGCGACAGCGCGGCUGGGGUCACCCACGGCUGCUUCGACACCGAGUCGGAGGUCCUGGUGGUGGAGAACGCGCCUCUUGCCAAGCGCACCGUCUACUGGGAUGCCAUCGAGGACUGGGAUUCAGGCGAGAGGUCCAAGAGGGCUGCCUGA